AUGGCAGCUCACUUGUCCAGACGCGUCUUCCUUUUUGUUUUACUUUAUGUCAUACUGCAAGGAAAAUGCGAAACGAGAAAAUCGUACACUGCUGCUGUGUAUGAGCACGCGGUGUUCUCACUACCGCCUUCUGAGAUCAAGAAUAAGUCGGUUGCUCUCUCCGUUAUGAAACAGAACCUUGAAGUUUUUGAAAAAGCAACGGCAGAGGCAAGGAAAAUGGGCGCUGAAAUCAUAGUGUUCCCCGAGGAUGGGUUAUACGGCUUCGAAUUCACUCGCGAAAUAUUCCAGUACUUCACUGAGGACAUCCCUGACCCUCAGACCCAACCAGAUUGGAACCCAUGUAAAAAGUACCCCGAGUCAGCAAACAGCCCAGUGCAAUAUUGGCUCAGCUGUAUGGCACUGAACAAUAGCAUAUACAUUGUUGCCAAUGUCGGUGACGUGAAGUACUGUAACCUUAAGUCAGACAAAUUGUGCCCGGCUGAUGGACGCUACCAAUACAACACGAACGUAGUGUACGAUCCAGAAGGCAAAUUGGUUGCAAGAUACCAUAAGCAAAACCUGUUCAUGACUGAAAAACUCAAUUACAACCAGCCUCAUCAAUGUGAAUACGCCACGUUCACCACACCCUUUGGCAAAUUCGGUACUUUCACUUGUUUCGAUGUUCUUUUCCGCGAGCCACCAAUCUCCCUGGUAGAGAACUUUGGCGUGGACAAUGUGGUUUUCCCUACGGCUUGGAUGGAUGUUCUUCCAUUAUUUGCUUCUGUUGAAUUCCACCAGGCAUGGGCGAUGGGUAUGGGAGUGAACUUCCUCACAGCUAACUUACACAAAACCAGUUUUCAUAUGUAUGGGAGUGGAAUAUUCACCCCACAAGGAGCCGUUGUCUACACACAUAACACAACCACCGAACAAGGGAGACUUUUGGUGGCCCAGGUUCCAAUACUGAGAAAUGCGCCUACAAAAACUGCUCCAUAUUCAAAUAGGCCGUUGCCAACUGAAAAAGAUGGCCAAACUACCAUCAGAUUUCAAGCAGAGCUCUUCGCGGACUCAUUUGAUUUUGUCACACUUUCUCGGCCAAAUGACAGCUUAACAAUUUGCCAAAAGGCCGUCUGCUGCCACUUGAAUUACAGUUUCGAUGAAUCGCCAGCUGACAGCUUAUAUGCUCUUGGCGCUUUUGACGGCCUGCACACCCAUGAAGGACACUAUUACCUACAGAUAUGCACGCUGCUCUCCUGUGCCAAUUCAUCCACCAGUUCCUGCGGCCAACCAACUACCAAUGCAAAGUCGCGUUUUGGCAAUUUGUCACUUGGUGGCGUUUUCAACACAAAAUAUAUUUUCCCGGAAUUCUUGACAACCGAUGGAUCAAGUCUUGAUCUUGCUAAUGGACAAUGGGUUUUUGAGGAUGAUGUCACGGGGGUUUUAAUUGUGGAUUUCUUCCCUUUUAUUUAUGACGCGUUAUCGUCCUUCGGGAUCCGUGACACGGGGGUAUAUGCGAUAGGAAAAGAACAACAAAGUCCUGAUCUUUCUUUAAUCCAGGCGAGCGGGUUUUAUUGGAUCAUGGAUGAGAGGUACAACUGA